AACCGCACGUCGACUUCCAAGUGGCGUGCCCAUGAAAACCCUAGUUCUUCCCUCCUAUAACUCUCUUCCCCUGUCACACUCCGCCGCUGACAUUUGCCCUCGUCUGCUUGACGCCCCCAAAUCUCCGAAGCGACAGAGCUCUUCCUCUCCCGAUGGCCGCUUCUUCAAUCGGAGAGCUCGCCUGCACCUACGCCGCUCUCAUCCUCCACGAUGAUGGCAUCCCCAUCACGUCGGAGAAGAUCUUAACCGUAGUACAGGCCGCCAACUUGACGAUCGAAUCCUACUGGGCGCCCCUCUUCGCCAAGCUCCUCGAGAAGAGGAGCGUCGAUGAUCUCAUCUUGAGCGUCGGCUCCGGUGGGGGAGGUGGUGUUGCUGUGGCAGUCUCCGCCGGCCCGGCCGCCGGUGCGGGUGGUGGCGCUGCCCCUGCUGCUGAUCCAGCCGCGGAGGAGAAAAAGGAGGAGCCCAAGGAAGAGAGUGAUGACGACAUGGGAUUCAGUUUGUUUGAUUAGAGAUCGCUAAAUCGUUAUCGUUGUUAGGUUUUUGAUAUAAGUUUGCUUACUGCCAUCGUUAAGUCUGGUCAUCCAUUAUGAGUCAUGAUAUUUCAGAUUCUUCUCCAUACUUGUGGUUACUUUUCACAUCAGUGAAUUAAGUUAUUAAGCUCAUUUUGAUAUUGA